AUGACGACAACGACGACUGCGGCCGAGGUGGCGGCUGCCCGCCCGAGCGGGCAGGCGACCGCUCGCUCAUUGGCUCGCCAGGCCGCCUUCACUCCGGCGGCACGUUCUCUCUCCCGCAUCGACGCGUCGAUAAGUCAACUCUUCUCAUGCCCCGCCAAACCCCCAUCGCACCCACCCCUCACCGGCCGUCUCGGCCUAUCAGCUUCCGUCUACCGGCCUGGGCUGCCGGUUUGUCGCCCACGCAAGCGGCGUCGGCUUGGCUCCGCGGAUUUGCCGACUUGUCUCUGGCCCUUCUCGGCCAGCCAGUCAGUCUCCCUCUCGAAGUAG